CCGACAUAGCUGUAAGGUUCUUGUGCGUGCUCCGCUUUUGUUUCGUGAAAUUCAAUCAUUUAUCACGAUUUCAAUACCUUAAAGUGCGUGAAAUAUAAAGAAAAGAGUUGUGUUUCGCCAUUCAUCAACUUUACAAAUGCGUUCCACCGAGGAAUAUUGAUUUGUUCGGUAUUUUUACUAGUGUCUCGGGAGCUUUCCCGUCAUUGGCUGUGAGACGACUUACACACACACGACUUGAAAAAGCAACGAGGAACGCCACAUUUUUCUGUCUGCAAAAAAAUCGCAAAUUCGUGUUUUGCGAGUGACCGCUGCACUGGGUGGAAUGGAAGUGGACGAAAGCCCGGAGGUUCCUGCCGUGGUCAACAAUGCAAUCGUGGAAGAAACCGUUCCCGUCAAACUUGUCAACAAUGCAACCGAGGAGGAAACCGUUCCGGUAAAACCGAUAGAAUCGGGUGGAGUGUUGCGGUCGAUUCUUUCCACCGAAGAGCUAAACUCGAUUCCUUCCGAGACGGCGAAAAGGAUCGAAAGCCACUACGAACAUAAGCUGGAGGAGUUCCUGACCGCAAAAGCUCUCUGUGAAACGGCAAAAACUAAUGUUGAACAACUUAAAGCUGAUUACGAAAAGCAAAUUGAAGAUCUUACGUUGAAAUAUCAAGAUGAAUCUUCAAAGUAUCAUUUCUCCCAACAGAGUUUUAAGGAGCUUCGAUUGGAGCUCGAAGACGCUAAACAGGAAUUGACGCAAGCAAAAGAAAAGGUCAAACAAAAUGAUAUAAAUACGGCUCGGUUUAGGCGCGAACGCAAUGAAGCCGUUAACGAACGAGACACGCUGCUGAACGCAGUCGAACGUAAAACGUUGGAAGUUGAACGGCUCCAAGCGGAUGUGAUUGGUUUAGAGCAGAAGUUGAAGUCGGCAAAUAUAACCAAGUGCGAAGCGCUGGCUAAGCUAGAGGAGAUCCAGAGUAAGGAGUUUUCACUGGAUUUUAAGGAGAAACGUAUGGACAAAGAAAUGUCCAUGCGGGAUAAUCAAAUUCAAAAACUGACUGAGGACUUGAACCGCGCUUUGCAGGACCUUCAAAAUGUUCGACGAGAUCAAAACUUCAAUGCGUUGACGACAGAGGCUAAACUUGCGGAGAAAACCGAAGAAUUGAAAAUUGCUACCGCACAGAUUGCCCACUUGAGUCAGCAAAAUCAGGAGUUGAGUGAGAAGGCCGAAGAUCUGGCGACUAAGUUACUUCAGCAGAACGAGGAAACUCGAAAAAUGAUGGAUCAUUACCGGAAGGAACUACAGUCGCAGACUAAGUUGUGCGAACUUUACCAGGAGGACUGUGAGGAUAACAAAAAACAGACGGAGGAACUCGGAACGGCCGUAUCUGAACUGAAGAAACUGCUGAACGAUGCUACUGACUCCUAUGGUAAGUUGGAAACGCAACAGAAGUCGCAGGUGAUGAAACAUGAGAAGGAACUGGAGUUGAAAGAUCAGAUCAUUCAGCAGUUGAAGGAUGAGUUAAAGCAUGCAAACGAAUUGCUAAAGAUGGCCAGAGAGGAAAGUUUGGAGCAUGCCGUUGAGAAGUUGGCUCCGUCAGCAGCGGCUACUAGUCGGCUGAUUAAGUCCGGAAUGACACUAACUGAGCUGUACACGAUGUACGUUAAGGCCGCUGAAGAUUUGCAGAUUGAGAAAAAGGAGAACAGUAAGCUUCAGCUGCAAAUUAAGAACAUUGUUCAGGAGUUAGAGGAACGGGCUCCUGAGUUGACCCGUCAACAGAAUGAGUACCAGAACUUGAAGGAUGCGAAUGAAGAAAUGACUUUGCAGUUGAACAAACUCAUCGAAGAGAAUGCUGAGGCUCGCUCCGAGUUGGGUUCGAUGCAGGAUAAGGUUCGUUAUUUGGACAGUGAAAAUAAAAAGUUCAAGCUGGAGCGAAGCGAUUUGAGUCGCCAGAUUUGUCAUCUACUCCGAGAAAUUGAACAAAUGCGAGGCGGAUAUGCUUCGGAGGCAGAUCAAUCGAUUUCCUCGGAUAUGAGUGCUAAUGAGGUGAUAUCGAAGAAACUGGUGACUUUCAGUGACAUUCAGGAACUGCAGGAAAAUAAUGUCAAAUUGUUGCUUGUGGUAAGAGACUUCAGUGCCAAGCUGGAGGAAUUGGAAAUUGCACAGAAUGCAAUGAGUCAGGCGACGUUUGAAGCAAAGAUAGCGUCGUACAAUAAGCGGCUACAGGAGAUGCAGGAAACGCAAGAAUAUCAAACGCAAAUGAUGCAGCAGUGCAUUCAACAGCGAGAUCGAUAUAAGAAAAUGUACCACGAUGCUAUGCGAAGCUACAAUGCAGUCGGUGGAAAGGGUAAUUUGGGUGCUAGCUUGAAUGGAUCACUAUCCGGUGAUAAUGUGGAUACUGCCAUGGACGAGGAGCUUCCGAGCGCAUCGACGGUGAGUGCCGUUUCUAGUGAAGCUGUAGCGGAAAAAGACAAGAAAAUUUCCGAGUUGGAAGGUAAGGGGAAACAAAUUCAACAGAUGCUCACAAAUCUUAAAGAAGAGUACGAUAAUUAUCGGAAGGAAAAACUGACCAACGACAAAAUGAUGAACGAACAGUUUGAUUCCAUGCGAACGGAACUUCGAGAAUUGUCAUCAAAGAAUAUUAAGCUCGCAGCCACGGUAGAGUACAAUAACGAACAGAUCAAGAUUCAGCAGAAAAAUGUUGCCACCUAUAAGAAGCAGAUAUCGACCCUGGAGGAACGAAACAAAAAUUAUGAAACCACUAUCUCCAAACAGGAGGCGACGAUAAUGUUCCUGAAGGACGAAACGAUGAGUGCUCAGUCGAAACUGGCUAGAGCUGAGGUGCAGGUGGAGAAUUUGAAACAUGAAUGUCGCAUUUUGAAAGACGCCGAAUCAAGACUGCAGACGGAGCGAGAGAUUCUCAACCGGGAACGCCAAAAUCAGAAUCUAUUGUUGAACAAUCUCGAAAUGAUUAAGGUAACCAUGGAAAGAUCAGAGGCAGAAGGAAGAAUCCGGCUGGAAACUCGCCUGGAUGAGACAUCCCGUGAAUGUUCAGCAUUGCGACGUCGGCUGCAGGAAGAGCAGGAUCGUUUCCGUGAGCUAACUACACACUUGGAACGCCAGAUGCAAACGGCAAAACAACGUAUGGAAGAAGAAAUGGCCAUUGCAGAAACCGUGCAGGCCGAGCUCAAAAAUACCCGCGAUGAGCUGGAGAUCAAGUCCAGGAAAAUUGACGACUUGAACAAAAAGCUACAGGAAACCCUUUCUCCCAACGAUGAAGACAAUCCGAUGACCCAAGCUAAUAGGAAGAUUCGCGAAUUGGAGCAAAAGGUUAGUGAAGCUGAUAUUGAGAUCGAAUCCCUCCGAAAGGAACUGACAACGGCUAAGGAGCACGUCAAGCAAUACUGCAACAUGUCUGAAUCUUCCGAGAAAGAACUAAAAGAUCUUAACGAACUCUACACCACAUACAAAACGCAGACUGAAACAGAACUGAGCGCGUUGAAGAAGAGUGAAACCGAUCUUAAAGCUCAAGUCGAAGAGCUGAAGACGGAGAAUUCUCUCAAAAAGACAGGCGAACAGCUGACUUCAUCAACCGACAGUGAAUCGGAACUGCACAAAUCUCAAGUUGAGCUGAAAGAGGCAUUGGAAAAACUCAGCGAAAACAACAAGGAUCUGCGAGAACUACGUGAAAAGAAUAACUCCCUUCUGGAACAAUUGCAACAAGCGGAACAGAAGUACGCCAAUGAAAUGGUACAACAUUCGUCCGACAUCCAGCAGCUGGCCAAUCUGAAAGAGGAAGUUCAGAAAACCAAGCUUCAAUUCGACGAACUGAAACAGGCACGGGAUCAGGCGGUAGAACGUGUCAAAACGAGUGAAGAAUGUUGGAAGAACCGGGAGGAGAUAAUGAGAAAGGAAAUCGAUCAACUGGAGGAACGGUUGGAAGACUUGAACUCACAAAAUGCGGCUUUGCAUGACCAAAUUCAGAGCCUGAGCACAAAACUGUCGAUAACGGCAGCCCAAUCAUUGGAGCAAAAACCAGUUGAAAAGGCGGAUGAAUCGAUGAAUGAUAGUACGAUCGAAGACAGCUCCAUGCUGAACAAGUCUAUUUCCGACGAGGAAAAACGAUCGGUAGAUCAACUGCUGCAGAUUAUCAAGUAUCUCCGCAAAGAGAAAGAUAUCGCUGUGGCACAGUUUGAUAUAUUGCGCUCGGAAAAUGUUCGGGUUCGGUCGGAAUUGAUGAUGUUCCAGAAGAAGUUCGACGAAGCACAAGCUGAGCUGAAUACUGAAAGGGAAAAAUCCGAAACCGGAGUUGUGACUACUGCCAAGCACGAAGAGAUUUUAAGAAAGUUGGAAACGCUAAAUGCAAUCACUGACAGCAACCGAGGAUUGAGAGAAGAACGGGAUGCUUUGAACAAGAAGAUUAAAGAUUUAUCUGAUCGUCUGUUAAAAGCGGAAGACGAACUGUUCCCGCUUCAGGAGAAAGUUCGAGAACUUAGUGUUAAAAUCGAAUCGGCCACCAGUGAGAAUUCUACUCUUCGCGUGGAGGCGACCCGGUGGAGACAGCGUGCUAAUCUUCUGGUAGAGCGUUCAAACAAAACCAGUCCGGAAGAUUGGAAACGACUGCAGACUGAACGCGAAAAUCUGGCCAAGAUGUUGACAAAUGAGAAAGAACUGCUGAAGAAGUCUAACGAAGAACUGAACUCGAUUAGGAUUGAGAAGGGCAAAUUGGAAGCAGAGAUAUCCAAUAUGACCAAACAGUUGGCGAGCUCGUCGGAUCAGAACAAAAAGUACGCGGAAGAAUUGGAUGUACUGCGCCAGGCUGGCGCAAAGAUGACCGUCGAGAUCGGGGAGGUUAAAUCAACACUAGCCAAGAGAGAUGAAGAAUUGAAGAAACUUACCGAUGAGUUGGCGGGUAAGGAGGAACAAUUGACCGAUGCUAAGAGCAAGGAACAACAGAUCCGGAAGAUUGCCAAACGAUACAAAGAUUCUUAUAUCGAGUUGAAGAAAACCGUGGAUGAGAAAGAAGGUGAAAAUGGCAAGGCUGCUGGCGAGGCAGGUUCCACAGAGGCAUCUGGCGAAAGUAGCAAUAACGAGCAGCAAGAAAAGAUCACCGAAAAUAAUGUAUCAGAACUAAAAUCGCAGAUCACUUCUUCGCAGGAAGAGAUUGAAAAUCUCAAAACAGAAAAUGAGACCCUUAAGAGUAAACUGGAGAAAGCUGAACGCAAUCAGGACAUUCUGAAGGACGUGAAACAUAGAAUUCUUAGUCUGACAGAGAUGAAAAAUAAUGUUACUCGUGAACUGAAUAACGCUAAAGCGCAAAUCCAAUCAUUGGAGCACGUUAGAGACGAAAACGAGCUGCUCAAGUCACAGUUCGAAGGUCGUAUUUCAAGGCUCACAAAAGAAAACGCUGAUCAGGAUAAGGAAAAGACGGACGCAAUCACACGACUGACUCGUGAGAACGAACAGCUUAACAUUCGUAUGAAUCAACUCACUCGGCAGUUGGGUUUACAGCAGGUGUCCAAACCAUCAACCAGCGCUUCUGGAUCAUCGGAGAAAGGCUCAACGGAAAGCCCCCGCACUGCUAACGUAAAACCGAUUCCAGGCCCAAGUGCUCAACAGUCGGCAACCGUAACACCACGCCGAGGAAGUGAAACACCACUGGCUAGCAUUCGACCAAUGUCAGUGCAAGCCAGCAGCCGAACCGCCGCCGUUUUACCAACCAGUCAAACCUCGAACAAUGUUGCAAUUGUCCAAGGAUCUUCUUCGUCUUCGUCGUCAUCCAAUACUGGUACGAGUAGCAGCAGCGUAACGGCUCUUGUUCCACCACAGCAACAGGUGCACACCACAGGCGGCAGCAACAAUUCCAACGAAUCCAUGUCCUCGUCACCGACCAGUUCUCAUACGGACUACAUGCCAGCAACUAGUUCUGCCAACGUAGCAGUGGCAGCUGUCCCUCCAAUGGGUACGGCUUCCACUUCUUCCUCCACUGCUGAAAGCAGUUCACAGCAGGAGAACGAAAGCAUUCCAGCUCAACAAGCAAACGAACCAGGCCCAUCUCAGAUGCACGUUUCCGCAGGUCAACCUUCACAGGCGGUUGCUCUUGUUUCGCCACACAUUGAAGGCACACCACAAACUGGCAAUGUCGUGGCUCAAGUAGCCCAAUCAUCACCGCAAAUACAGCAGCCGGUUCAGGAGCAACAGAAUCCAGCCCCAAGCACCAGUGGUUCAUCGUCGUCCAAUGCACAACAGCUCGCUCUUAGCAGCCACCAUCAAGCAUCAACUUCGAGCAACACUGUAACUACUUCGCAAGCUGCUGCCGGCCACAAACGACCCCGCGAUAUAGAAGGCGACAGCUCUACGGAUACCGUUGAACAGAUGACCGAGAAAUCGGCUCCAGUAAACAAACGAACACGAAUGCAGGGUGGAGAAACCUUCCAGCGCCGAAAUUCUGAAAAGAUUCCGCCUUUGCAGGGCGUCAGCGAGUCCGGUCUCGAGGUAGAAUACCAGGUGCCGACGUCAUCCCAACGAGACCAGGAAGAUGACAUCAUCGUGGUCGAUUCGGAAGAAGACGAAGAAGGAAUGGCAGAUGAUGGAACUGCCGAUGAGGGUACCGCCGAAGCCGACGACGGUCCGUUUGAGGGUUACGACGGAGAAGAAGCAUACGAACAGGACGAGCCAGAAAUUGCUGGUAAUUACGACGAAGGCGAAGGGCCCGAUAUCGAUGAAGAUAAUGUGCAGUCGGCAAAUAACGAGGUCGACGUAGACGAUGACAAUGAAGUUCCUAACCAGUCUGGUACAUCGUCGACUACUUCGAGUGCUCAGGUUGCUUCGGAUGUAGAAACAUCCAGUACUAUUGUUGGUCAAAGUAGCAACGCAGGUCCAUCCACAUCAUCGGAUGGACAGCCAACUGAGAGUAGCAGCCAGCCAACUUCAAACGAAGUUCAGCAAAUCCAGAGCAUCAGCAGCGGUAGUGGUGAACCAUCUGGUCCAUCCACUUCAUCAGCCACGUCGACGGCAGCCAGUGCUGCUUCGACAUCAGCUUCCACAACAUCCUCUUCCACAUCAUCGGCGUCCUCGUCGGCAACUGCUGCCCCGGCUUCGUCUGUCACCUCUCAAGCCGUAGCGGCAUCACCAUCCCAAAGUCGGCGACAGGUUAAUCCCUUGGCUCGACAGCAGCAGCAACAACUGGUGUUGAUGCAGCAGAACUAUGAGGAAAGCACAGACGAUCGUAUUGUUCCCAGUACACCGACUCUCUAUGUGCCGCGACGGACCGAUGGUUUCAGCGAUGCCGUCAGUUCGCCACACCCACAGGUGCCGAACGCUCGCUUCACAUUCAUCGAAACAUCCCGGGCCUCAAGCGCUGCAGCCGACGCACAGCUUCUUCCCGAGGGCAUCGACGACACCCGGAUGGAUCUUUCCCAACUGGAUGAAAGUAGUGGCGGUAGACCCACUGGGCGAAGUGUACCUACCACUCCACACCAAACUUCUCCGAACGAGCACGAGCGGGCUGUCAUACACGGUGAUUCGUCUUCUGUUCCAAUCGACAGCAACGAGGCCGAACAGGCUGGUGAGCAACUGGCCCCAUGUGGAAGCUCGGUAGAAGUAGUUCAACGUGAGUCUGAAGAACCGGUUGCCGGCCCAUCUGGCAUAGCUGCGAGUGUAACAAGUGGCGAAUGUGAAGGACAAGUUCCGGAAAUAACCGUAUCAGCAGCUGAAGAUGAUGACGACUACAGCAUCACGGAUUCAACUACAGCUGAUCAAACGACCAAUACAUCGGAAGCUACAGCCGCAGAAAGUGGAAGAAGUGAUGAUCGAACGGAUGAUGAUGAUUUGGAUAUUGACAUGGAUGUGGAUCGUAACAGAGAUGCAGAAUCUGGCGAUGGAGUGACAUCGGAAGGCGAGAAGCAUCCCGCGCCGAAUACGACUCCGAUGGAUGAGGGAAGCGAAGCUGACGGGUUAGAAACCCCUAGUAGCAAUACACGGUCUCGUUCAGUUCCACGUACCACCACAAGGCGCGGUAGGCGCUUUGGGCAACGUGGUAGCACAAGCAGAAAUAUGCCUUGGAGCGAAGGUCGACAACUUAAUCGAUCUGGCCCAUCGGCGAUACAAAUGCAGCAGCAGCAGCAACAACAACAGCAGCAACGUUCUCCUGUUGGUAGUCCCAAUCGAGCAUUCCAUCAUGGAUCACCACACCAUCAUCACAUGCACCAACAACUCAGCCCACCGACGCGUCGGAACACUCGUUCAACGCGCACUCGACGAUCCAAUAUGCACUACCGCUAGGCGUGUUUCCUCGCGUCAUGGGCGUGUAUUAUUCCACAAACAUUUGCUUUCCUUACAGGUAGGAUAUUUAUUGUAACAUGUCGAAAACGGUGUCAAGCACAUUAAAGACACAUUUUCAUGAGGUGUACAAAAUUAAGUUUGUAAUAUGUUUCCUGGGCGUUUGAUCUUCCGAUCAAUUCAAAGAUUUAUUUUAAGUUUAGUGAUAUUUGAACUGUUUUAGAACAGACGAUUUUCAACUUACUUCUCAGUCAAGCGAAAUGUAUUCAAUAACUUCAAAACAACUGAAAAAUAUACACACUGGAUUCGAUUCAAUUGAA